AUGGCGGACGACGGCUUUCGUUGUGAGCUUGAAACGCCUGAAGCCGUGCUUAAGCACUUGAAUGUAACGGAAGAGAAGGGUCUGAGCACUGAUGAAGUAGAAAAACGUAGAGCUGUGCAUGGUUAUAACGAGCUGGAUAAGGAAGAGGGCACGCCUCUUUGGAAGCUUGUGCUGGAACAGUUUGACGAUGCAUUAGUGAAAAUUCUUCUUGGUGCUGCCAUUGUAUCAUUUGUACUCGCUGUAUUUGAAGAUGGAGGCGAGGAAGGCAUUGGUGCUUUUGUAGAGCCGCUUGUAAUUCUUGUGAUUCUUGUACUCAAUGCUAUUGUUGGAGUGUGGCAGGAGUCGAAUGCUGAGGCUGCACUGGAAGCUUUAAAAGAUUUACAAUCCGAGAAUGCACGUGUUAUGCGUAACGGAGAGAUGGUUACGAUACCUGCGCGGGAGCUCGUACCUGGUGAUGUAGUUGAGAUCCGUGUGGGUGACAAAGUACCUGCAGAUUUACGUCUACUUUCUAUGAAAACAACAGCUAUUCGUGUGGAACAGGCCCAAAUGACGGGAGAGUCUACGUCCGUAAAUAAGGGCAUCGAUGCAUUGCCUCCAGGCACUGAGAACAUCAUACAGGCUAAGACAAAUAUGCUCUUUGCUGCUACAGUCGUCGUGAAUGGAUUAGGAUCGGGCGUUGUAACGGAAAUUGGUAUGAAGACGGAAAUUGGUAAGAUCCAGCAAUCAGUUCAAGACGCUUCAAAAGACGAAGAAGACACACCCUUGACCAAAAAACUUGAUGAAUUUGGUGAAUUAUUGUCCAAAGUUAUUGCUGUCGUUUGCAUUGUCGUAUGGAUAAUCAACUACAAAAACUUUUUUGACCCAAUGCACGGUUCGGUUCUCAAAGGAUGUAUUUAUUACUUUAAAAUUGCAGUUGCAUUGGCUGUCGCUGCUAUUCCCGAGGGUCUUCCAGCUGUCAUUACGACAUGUUUGGCACUUGGAACUCGGAAAAUGGCGAAAAAAAAUGCGAUUGUGCGCAAAUUGCCCUCUGUGGAGACUUUGGGAUGUACGACUGUAAUAUGUUCAGAUAAAACAGGCACAUUGACGACUAAUGAAAUGUCAUGUGUGACUUUUUCGCACCUUGGUAUGACUGAGACGGAGCUUGUGACGUACGAUGUGGAAGGACAUACGUAUGCUCCAGUGGGCAAGAUUGAAGGAGCACCACUAGGUCAAUAUAAGGCUGUGAUGUCCCUUGCGACGGUUUGUUCGCUUUGUAACGAGUCUGCUAUCGAAUAUCGCGAUGGCAAGUACGUCAGGAUUGGUGAGCCAACUGAAGCGGCACUCAAAGUGCUGGUCGAAAAAAUUGGUUUCCCGCAUGAAAAAGCGAAACAGGCAGAAAUGGAAUCGCUACGUGCGACAGAUCCGGCUAAAGCAGCUCAGUUUUGCAACAAUUUUUGGGCCGAACAGAACAAAAAAUUGGCCGUGCUAGAGUUUUCGCGGGAUCGUAAGUCAAUGUCGGUGCUUUGUGCCAAGUCCAAUGUGUUGUCGCAACGCGCAACUAGGUCGACAACGUCACAGCAAAACGUGCUACUUGUUAAAGGCGCUCCUGAAGGUUUAAUUGAUCGUUGCACCCACGUGGAGCUGGGCGAUGGCACGGUCAAGCCGUUGACAGAUGCUGUUCGUCAGGUCUUGAUAACUCAAGUAUCGAGUUUGGCGCGCAAGUCAUUACGUUGUCUUGCUUUGGCAAAGAAGGAAGACGUUGGAGAGUUGGGAUCGUACGACGGAGAUCGGCAUCAUCCGGCACACAAGAAGCUGGAACGUACAGAGAAUUUUGCCGCGAUUGAGUCAGGCUUAACGUUUAUUGGACUAGUAAGCAUGCUUGACCCUCCUCGUCCUGAGGUUCGCCCGAUGAUUGGAAUGUGCCACACUGCUGGCAUUCGUGUGAUCUGCAUCACAGGAGACAACAAACUAACAGCGGAAAGUAUUUGUCACAAGAUUGGCAUAUUUAAGGAUGGUGAUGACUUGUCGACACGAUCGUUUACAGGUGCUGAGUUUUUUGCUUUGCCUCUAGAGAAGCGUAACGCAUAUUUGUCAGCUGCUCACGGUUUGGUCUUUUCUCGCACGGAACCCAAGCACAAACAGCAAUUGGUUAAGUUGCUGAAGCAGCUUGGCGAAGUGACGGCAAUGACUGGUGAUGGUGUGAAUGAUGCGCCUGCUUUGAAACAGGCUGAUAUUGGUAUUGCCAUGGGAAUUACCGGUACUGAGGUUGCCAAAGAGGCGUCAGACAUGGUACUUGCCGAUGAUAAUUUCGCAACAAUCGUCGCUGCUGUUGAAGAAGGACGUGCCAUUUACAACAAUAUGCAAGCGUUUAUUCGCUACUUGAUUUCGUCGAACAUUGGUGAAGUAGCUGCAAUUUUCUUAACGGCAGCUUUCGGACUACCGGAAGGUUUAGUCCCUGUGCAGCUUUUGUGGGUGAACCUUGUGACAGAUGGCCCUCCGGCUACGGCUUUGGGCUUUAAUCCACCUGACGCUGAUAUCAUGAAAAAACCACCUCGUCGUAGUGAUGAUGCCUUAAUUACGGGCUGGGUAUUUUUGCGAUACAUGAUUGUCGGCAUCUACGUAGGCUUUGCUUGUGUUGGUGUGUUCGCGUACUGGUACAUGUACUACGAAGCGUCAGGAGAUGGCCACACGCUUAUCACGUUUGACCAGUUGACACAUUGGACGAAGUGUCACGAAUGGGAGAAUUUCACGGUUAACAAUUUUGACGGCAUGGACUUUUCGUCGGACCCUUGCCAGUACUUCACUGACGGUAAGAAGACAGCAUCGACGCUGUCUUUGUCAGUAUUAGUGGCAAUUGAGAUGUUCAAUGCUUUAAAUGCGCUCUCAGAAGACGGAAGUCUAAUCACGAUGCCACCGUGGGCAAAUCCGUACUUGAUUAUCGCCAUGUUUGUAUCGUUUGCCAUGCACUUUGUGAUUCUUUACGUGGACGUACUUGCGAACACAUUUAGUGUAAUCCCACUCGACAUGAAGGAGUGGCUUGUAGUGCUGGCGUUUUCAAUGCCAGUUAUUCUCAUUGACGAAGUGUUAAAGUUCAUUGGUCGCCGUAUGCACGCGCGCGAGCUAAAGCAACGUAUGGACGAGUGGGAAAAGAAAAGUCAGUAG